AGCGAGAAAAGUAGGUGAGAGAGAGAGAGAGCGAGCGAGCGAGGCGAGCGAAGAAUCCGUAAUACUGACUUUUUUUUCUUUUUUUUCACGGAUACAAAAAGCAAAACCCAAAUCCCAAUUCCCACCCAUCUCUUUCUCUCUCUCUCUCUUCCCAAGAUCUCGGCCUCGUGUCAGUUAAAUUUUCCUAUUUUUGGAAUCUGUUUGGAGCUGUUUUAUUUAUCAGAUUUAAGUAUCAGCAUAUUGAAUUUGUGGUAACUGCUGUGGAUUUUAUGAGUGGAUCCUGGGAAUCUUGAGAGGAAACUUUGGAUUUCAGUACCAGCAUGUUGAAUUCUUGGUAAAUUUUGUGGAUCAACUGAGCUGAUUCCUUGGAAUCUCAAGUCAAAGUGUACAAUCAUAAAAUUCGAAAGGAGUUGUGACAUCAACAACCAUGUCAACUGGAUCGUCUCCUUCGUCUAGAAGGAACAGUUUUAGGAGUGAAUCUUUUUCAGAUGAGAAAGACCUAGAGCUUCCACCAGAAUAUGGGUGCCUCUCCAUUGUUGUACUAGGUGCUUCGGGAGACUUGGCCAAGAAAAAGACAUUCCCAGCUCUUUUCAACCUUUUUCGACAGGGAUUUUUACAACCCAAUGAAGUACACAUUUUUGGAUAUGCCAGAUCAAAGCUUUCAGAUGAUGACUUAAGAGAACGUAUCCGUGGAUACCUAAGUCUAGGAAAAGGAGGUUCAUCUGAACAUGCAGAGGAUUUAUCAAAAUUUUUGCAACUAAUAAAAUAUGUUAGUGGUUCUUACGACAGUGAAGAUGGGUUUCUAUUAUUGAAUAAAGAAAUUUCUGAGCAUGAAAUAGCAAAAAACAGCCAACCAGGAAGCUCUCGCAGGCUGUUUUAUCUUGCAUUGCCUCCGUCAGUUUACCCUUCUGUUUGCAAAAUGAUCAGAAAAUACUGCAUGAAUCAAUAUGAUCUUACUGGCUGGACGAGGAUAGUUGUUGAGAAGCCCUUUGGGAAGGACUUGAAUUCUGCUGAAGAACUAAGUGCCCAACUUGGGGAGCUUUUCGAUGAACAACAACUUUACAGAAUUGAUCAUUACUUAGGAAAAGAAUUGGUCCAGAACUUGCUGGUCGUCCGUUUUGCUAACCGCUUCUUUAUGCCUCUUUGGAACCGUGAUAACAUUGCUAAUGUACAGAUUGUCUUUAGGGAAGAUUUUGGUACUGAAGGGCGUGGAGGAUAUUUUGAUGAAUAUGGAAUUAUUCGCGACAUUAUUCAAAAUCAUCUGUUGCAGGUUCUUUGUUUGGUUGCAAUGGAGAAGCCUGUCUCUCUUAAGCCUGAGCACAUAAGAGAUGAGAAAGUCAAGGUUCUUCAAUCAGUGCUCCCUAUACAUAAUGAGGAAGUAGUCCUCGGACAAUAUGAAGGCUACAAGGAUGAUCCAACAGUAUCUAAGGAUUCCAACACUCCGACUUUUGCAACAGUUAUUUUGAGGAUACACAAUGAAAGAUGGGAAGGUGUUCCGUUUAUUCUCAAGGCUGGAAAGGCUUUGAACUCGAGGAAAGCAGAAAUUCGGGUUCAGUUCAAAGAUGUUCCUGGUGAUAUUUUUAGAUGCAAGAAGCAAGGGAGGAAUGAAUUUGUUAUUCGCUUGCAACCAUCAGAAGCCAUGUAUAUGAAACUGACAGUCAAGAAACCUGGAUUGGAAAUGUCAACCAUACAGAGUGAGCUAGAUUUAUCUUACGGGCUACGGUAUCAAGAUGUGGUAAUUCCAGAAGCAUAUGAACGGUUGAUAUUGGAUACAAUACGAGGCGACCAACAGCACUUCGUUCGCCGAGAUGAACUGAAGGCUGCUUGGGAGAUCUUCACACCUUUGCUACAUGACAUCGAUGACGGCAAGCUGAAGCCCCUUUCUUACAAGCCGGGUAGCCGAGGCCCAGCUGAGGCGGACGAACUGCUCUCCAAAGCUGGGUAUGUGCAAACCCAUGGCUAUAUUUGGAUACCGCCCACGCUAUAAGAGCAUUCGUUGAUGAGUUUUUGGUACCUAAUGUAAGUACCCAGAUGAGAGUUUAUUUGCCGUGUGCGGCACAAAUCUUUGCAUGACUUGUUGUGCCGAGUGGCUUGACCUUUCUACUUCGAAAAGAAUAAGUGCCUUGUUUUGUACCAUGCCUAUAAUUUGCAUCUAUAGUAAUAAGAACUCUAUUCCGAGAAUCUAAUUCCUGUCGAA